CAAGUCCUGGCUCAAAAACCUCGAAGUCUGGCCAAAUCGGAAGGGCCAUGGGAACUUCGGGUUCCUGUUGCUCCUGUGAGGAUGACGUGCAAGGGGACGACUCCAAGAGGCCUGGACGACAAGCCCGAAAAAGAUCACCGACCGAGUUCACAAUCAUCAUUGAUAGAAGGAAUAAUGAAGGCCUUGGUGUAGAUGCCGCACCUGAGAAGGUCGGCACGCUAGAGAUCAAGAGCGUAACGCCUGGGGGUUUGGUGGACAGGUGGAACCAGGCUCAACAGCAGGGCUCACGAGAAAUCGUGCGGCCCGGCAUGCGUGUGGUGGAGGUCAAUGGCCGCUUUAAUAGUGCGGUUGGCCUCAUCGCAGCCUGUCGGGAAGCUGAGGUGCUUCACAUUUCGAUUGAGCCCUGACGGUGCCAGUUCGGUCUCACCCGAAGACCCUGGUGUUCCCGCUGGGCAAAAGGUGUUUCUUCGACACCGACACAGCUCCAGUGAGGCGCCAUGCUUAAUGCACAUUGCUGACAUCCGCGGGUUUUGUGAUUU